CAGACUGAUUACAACAGAUUGCAAGUGCUUAUAAAAUUCGCAUAACAAUGUCCAACAGUCAAACAAUAUCAAUAGAAACGACGAUUGAAGUUCCCGAAUGGGUAAAAGCUGAUCUUUUUGAGCAGCUGCUUAAGGAUACUUUCAAGGACUUUCAAAAUAUACGAUCCUUUAAAGCUAUGCCUGGCACAAAACCCGGCGAUAACUAUGCAACGCUUAUGCUUCGCAUAACACUCGAAGUGCAACUAAAAGAUAGCACAACCAAAACCGUGUCAUAUAUGAUGAAGCUUCCGCACGCUUCAGAGGCCUACCAAGAAGCUUGGGGAAAGAACAAACACAGCGUCUUCGAUAUCGAACGGGACAUGUUCAUGAUAUACGUGGAGGAAUUCAAGCAGCUCUAUCGCAAUGUUGGCUUAGAGGUAGAGUUCGGGGCCAAGUGCUAUAAGCUUGAUACGCCGAAUGAACACGUACUGCUAGAGGAUUUACGACCCAGAGGAUUCCAAUCAGUUGUUCGUAAGGCAGGAGUUGAUGAGGAACAUACCAUAUCAGUGCUCACAAAGCUGGCUCAGUGGCAUGCGGCGUCUGCUGUUCGGGUGGCAACAAAGGGACUCUAUCCCAGCCAUAUAAGUGAUGGUCUUUGCAAUGAGGAUGGCAAGCACCUGUUGAGCAAAAUGACGGAUGGCAUGGUGCCCUAUAUACUUAAAACUCUGUCUACAAUGGAGGGACAAGAGGCGUGCGCCGAGGAUGUUAAAGGAUUGGCCGGUAGCAUUACCGAUAAAAUUCUCCAAGUAGCCGCCAUUGAUCCGGAAGACUUCAAUGUCUUAAACCAUUCUGAUUGCUGGCUAAGCAAUAUCAUGUUUCUAUAUGAAAAGGAGACAGGAAAGCUCUUGGAUUCGUAUCUGGUUGACUAUCAAAUGUGCAAAUAUGGAAGUGUUGCAUUUGACUUAAUUUAUUUUCUGUUAUCAUCGCCGAAGCUGAAGAUAAGAAUAAAGAAAUUUGAUUACUUCGUCAAACAGUAUUACGACCAGCUGAUAAAGCACUUGAAGCUGUUAAAUUAUAGCAAAAAGUUGCCUAGUCUCAUAGAGAUACAUAAGUCCCUCUUGAAGACCGGUAUUUGGGGUUAUUUUGCGAUCUGUGGUGUGAUGGCUGGCACUGCAUUAGAAGCCACCGAAACAGCCAGCUUUGAUAACCUAUUUUCCGAUACGCCAGAGGGUGAGGCGUUUAGAACAAUCCUUUACUCGAGCAACAGCUUUAAGGAGCACCUGAACCUAGUUCUGCCUUGGCUAUCUAAUCGCGGUGCUCUGCAAAACAUAUGACAUACAUAUAGCAAAUGGGCUGCUAUUAAAUUAAAAGUAGAAUUUAGACAAAAUUAUCAUAAUUUAUCUAAAGAUCUGACUAUUUUGCUUAAACAAAAUCAGGUAUUCAACCUCUGAAGUAUUCUUAAGCUAUGAACUCUACAGAGAAGCCUAAAUAGUAAUUCUGUUGUAUUCAGUAUCUAUGGUCUUCAAGUUAAGGACUUUAAAGAGAAUAUAAAGCUUGUCCUGGGUUGGCUGCACAAUGGCGGUGCGCUCCAUCCUAUAUACUGUAAAUAGAAAAAG